AGAAACUAAUUUCAAUAAUUUUUAAUUUUAUGGAGUCGUUCUAUUUUUAUUAAUUAUUUAAAAUUUGGAGUAACUUUUGUACGGUGACGUCAUCAUUUGGCUGUAUAAUUUACGUGUCUUCGGCCUUUUACUUAAAAAUAUUUCUUUGACGUUUGAGAAAUGUCAAUAGGUUGUCAAUCUGUUCAUUAGUGUCAUACAGUAAACUAUAAAAAACUUCUUUGAAAUAAAUACCACGCUAUCAUUCAUCUUGUUUGUAAAUCAUUUUAUAAACUUACUGUUUUUUACGAACGGUUUACCAUGACUGACAACUUCGUGAAAGCUGACUCCAGAAAUCUACCGAAGGUGGAAAAUAUUAUGAUAUUAGAGUAUGUGGCAACAUGUAGCCAUCAUAACUUGGCUGAAAUAAGGGGAGCGAAGAUUUUAAUGUCAUCUCGGGAUUCGUACAUCAAUACCGCUGUGGGCUACGUGAAAGUUAGUCGAACAGGCAGUGAUUGCAUAGUCAGUGCUAAAGUAGUGCCUGAACACAGAAUAAGCAAUAAAUUGUAUACCGUCAAAUGUAAAAUUGACGAACAGGAUAAUAAUAUUAUUGCAACAUGUGAAGAUUGUCCAGCAUCAGCAGGUGGUUGUAAGCAUUCCCUUUUGCUAUUGUUUUGGUUAGCAAAAAAAACUUCUGAACCAUCAUCAACUGCAGUUCAAUGUUACUGGAACAAACCUUCUCUUACAAGUGCAAGCGCAGAACCAGUAACUAGUAAAGAUAUUUUUCCAAAGGUUAAGAUCCCAAAACUUAUGCCAAAAGACACUACUGUAUUAACUGAAUUUCAGGAACAAUGUCUUAGAAGAAAUUUGAGCAACUCACUUAUUAUGAAGUUCUGUGAUGGUGUUAAAACCAACUCCAAAAAUAUAUUUGACAUUAUGUUGGCAUUUGUUGAUGAUGAAACCAUACAUGAUUAUUGUAACUUUAGUAAGUAUUUAAAAAGAAUUAUUAACAACAUUGUUAUUGAAGAAAUAAAAUUAAAAACAAUAAGGCAAGCUGAUAGUAAAUAUUGGCAUAAUAUACGGCAAGGAAGAUUAACAGCUUCUAAAUUAUAUGAAGCUGCUCAUUGCCAUACAGAUGGUGCUCUAGUUGAGCAAAUAUUAGGAGGCUAUAAAGUGCCUGAAACUAAAGCCAUACAACGAGGCAGAAGAUUAGAAAGCCGAGUACUAAAAGAAAUUGAAGAAAAGUUACAAGUCAAAAUAGACCGGUCUGGGUUCACCCUCAUUGAUGGCAUUUUGGGAGCAUCACCUGAUGGUAUUGGAGAAGACUUCGUAGUAGAGGUUAAGUGUCCAUCUUCAGAAAAAGCGAUUGAAACAUACAUAAAAAAUGAUGUUAUAACAGAAAAAUUUAAAACACAAAUAAUGUGCCAAAUGAUGGCCUGUAAAAAAAACAAAGGCCUAUUCUGUGUUGCAGAUCCUUUAUUUGAAACUACUAAAAAUAUUCAUGUUGUUUGGGUGGACUAUGAUGAAGUAUACAUAAGGGACAUAAUAAAAAAAGCAGAAGUCUUUUGGAGUACAUUUAUUUUUCCUAAGUUAUUGGAAAGUGCAAAAAAAUAA